AGUCGAGCCACGCCCGCACCUUGCCAUGGCACGCAAACUCCUCGCUCUCGUCUCGGCAGUGCCAGUGGUUGUGGCGCUCAACAAUGGCUUGGCACUAACUCCUCAGAUGGGGUGGAACACCUGGAACCAUUUCGGCUGCGGCAUCAACCAGGACACCAUCGUGAACUCGGCCAAAGCCCUCAUCUCCAACGGCUUGGACAAGCUGGGUUAUGAAUAUGUCCUCGUCGACGACUGCUGGCAAGCUGAUGCUCGCGACCCCGACACCGGUGCUCCUGUCGAGGACAAGAGCAAGUUCCCGGAUGGCAUCAAGGCCGUCGCGGACCAGGUACACUCUCUGGGUCUGAAGUUCGGCAUCUAUAGCAGCGCCGGAACGUAUACAUGCGGCGGCAAGUUUGGUUCCCUGGACUACGAGGAAAUCGACGCGAAGACGUACGCUUCCUGGGGCGUCGAUUACCUCAAGUACGACAACUGCAACAACGAAGGCCGUGCCGGUACACCCCAGAUCUCGUACGAGCGGUACAAUAACAUGUCGCAGGCUUUGAAUGCGACGGGGCGUCCCAUUCUUUAUUCCAUGUGCAACUGGGGCGAGGACGGUCCAUGGAACUUCGCCGUUAACAUUGCGAACAGUUGGCGGAUCUCCGGAGAUAUUUACGACAAUUUCGACCGUUAUGAUGACCGCUGCCCAUGCACAAGCAUGCUGGACUGCAAGCUGGCUGGAUUCCAUUGCGCUAUGUCUCGCAUCAUCGAUUUUUCUGCUCCUCUGGGGCAGAAGGCGGGUAAGGGCCACUGGAAUGAUCUCGACAUGCUCGAAGUCGGCAAUGGUGGUAUGACCUACGACGAGUAUGUCACGCACUUCUCAAUGUGGGCCCUUGCAAAGAGUCCUCUCAUUCUCGGUAACGACGUCACCGACAUGUCGGAUGAAACAAAGCAAAUCAUCACCAACGAUGCUAUCAUCGCUGUGAACAAGGACACCAACGGUUCUCCCGCCAUCCGUGUAUGGAAGAAGCCUGUUUCCCAGGGCGGCGACAUCCAGCUUUGGUCCAUUACUCUUGUAAACUACCAGUGGGUCUUCGCCGUUCUGAACACUUCCCCUGUAAACCAGACGGUGGAUAUCUCGCUCCUCGACGUCUUCAUUGAUCAGGGUAGCUCCUUCGGCUCUGGCACAUUCACCCUCUCCGACCUCUGGCAGAAGGACUCGUCUGGCAACUGGGGCGCCUCGGUUGGCAACGCCCAAGGCACAUUCACCGUUUCGGUCAACAGCCAUGCCACUCGCGUCUUCAAGGCAGUCCCGGCGUCGUCGUCGUCCAGACGAGAAUUUGAGACUGUUGACGAUCCUCAUGCGUACUACCCUGGCGGCGACUCUCGCGAGUUGCUCUUGUGAGGGGAAAAGAGCUGGGAUGGAAGAAUAGUUGGAUGAAGACGAAACUAGCGUAUUCGGGGAUGGAAAUAGGUUUGCUCUCGUACGCUGUGUGCGCGCAUGCUUGUAAGAUAGAUGGAUUGCUGGCAUGGACCGUAACGUGGCUGUGUUGUGAGUGCAUACGCGAACUCCGACUAGCGCACCGAGACAUCAUAUGUAUUGUAUACUGUACCAUCCUUUCAGUACCUGUUGCAACAUCUGGGAGUCGUAGCAAGCACUCCCCAUUUGUACAUAC